AUGAUUUCGUGCCCUGAUUUGUCGCUAGAGACUUUUCACCCACACGAGGAGAUUUUGUCGCUUGGCGCCGACGACAACUUGAAGUUCAAUGGGGACGAUUUGAGGGAGUUGAUUGCAGAAAUUAAGAAGGUGUCAGGUGCUGCUAUCAAAACGUCAAGAGACCCACAGACGGGCCAGAGGUCGUUUCUAAUCCAUGGUUUUUUGGUCUGCGUUGAGACGGCCAAAGAUAUGAUUCUUGACAAGUUGACGAAACCAGUAACCAUCACGUUCAAGAUUCCCUCUUGGAAAAGAAGUCUUGUGGUGGGCGAAAAAGGGAAAACAGUGAAAGCACUCAAUAAGCAGUUUGGCGUCAGAAUCAAAGCUGAGCGGAAAACACUCAAGCCCGGCUGGUUGCAGUAUGACGUUGUGGGGUUUGAAACACCGAUGUACACAUACACCAAUGAUCAGGAGGAGAGAUUCGUGGAGGAAUUAACCGUGAGCAUUGCUGGAAGCAGACUGCGAUGUGAGAGAGCAAAGGCCCGCAUCUUAGAGCUCCUCGAGCUGAAAGAUCAAUAUCGUGUAACUCUACUGAAGACGGAUUCUAUGAUAUGGAAGGACUUUUUUGAUGAGCAGUUUUGUGACAACGCAAUCUCAGUUUUCACUAACAAGUACAAAGAUCUAAUCAGAAUAACGUUAAGAGGUGACGCGGAGCCUGUGGCCAACGCCAAACGGCGCUUGGAUGACAUGAUAUUUGUCCAGCUUGUAAGGUAUUCAGUUCUGACGGUCACCGUAACUCAUCCAGUUGAAACCAGUGAGCUCGAGUCAAUCUUCUUGGUGAAAAUUCACGAGCAGUAUCCGCAGUAUCAAAUUGUCGGCCUCAGAGAUAGGGUUCUGGCCGCCAGGCAUAAGUUGCUACAAUAUCCCGAGACAGGCUUCUUUUUCAGCAUGAACUUGGCUGAGUAUCAGAAGCAACCCGCUCUCCAUAAUCUUUAUCAUUUCAUCAAACUGUAUGAAAUCCGAGUUAUUUUGAAAGACGAUUAUAUCGUUCAUAUACCCAGAUGCGACGAUGAGCAACUCUACAAGGACAGGCUCAUCUCAAUUGUGGAGGAUUUUUCACCUGAUGACGUCAAAGCCUUCACAGAUUUUCAUCCUUUGCUACUCAAACAUUUUCGGCAUGACCUCCGUGAUUUUUUAGAGUGGUUGCAUCCCAUGUUUCUGUUUGACGUGUGCAAGAAGCAGAUAACGCUAAUCACCCGAUAUACUCUGUCUGAGAAUCAGCCAGUACACGCAUCUCAGAGAGUGCGUGACAGAUUUGAGGAGGGUGUGAAUCAGAUUAGGGAAUUUCAGAACCGUUGUAUACUGAAAGUUUUACAAAUUCCUCGACAUCAACAUCGGUUGAUAGAAGGCCCGAACGGCACAACGCUUUCGUCCAUCAUGUCCAUGUUCGAAGAUGAUAGGCUUUUUGACGAAAAGUCUGUUCAUGGCUUUGAGUAUGGGAGUUGUCUAGACGACAAUACACAUGGUCGAGACUUGAAAAAAGAAUUUUCACGGGAAAACCUUUACAUUGAAAGGCCCUUAAAGAUAGAGUUGGGGUUCAAUGAGAUGGAACGUUCGGCUGAUUCCAUAACCAUUUUUGGCCCCGAGUCUGAUGUGGAAGAAGCUGAGAACGUGAUAAUGCAAGUCUUGUCAGAUAGUACAGACAAAAUCAGUUUUUACCAAACAAUGAUAGAAGUGCCCUCUAUUAUCAUCCUGCGGGUAAUAGCCAUUCGUCGUUAUUACUUCUGGCUGUAUAUACGGAAGAAGUUCGGGGUGAAACUUUCAAUCCUUGACAAUGGGAAAGAAUCCCUUAAGAUUGGGUGUGAUUUCACCUCCAAAACCCGUAUAUUGAUAAAAGGUAUCAAGUUCAAUGUGGAAAGAGCUAAGGAUCGUAUAUUGGAAAGGUCAAAAAACUUUGAAGAUCGAUGCUUCGCGAUCGUCGAGGUUGAUUCACGAUAUAACUUGAGGAUUUGUGGUCCCAAUUAUUCAAACUUGAAGCAAAUCAUGAACGAGUACGGGGUCUGCAUCGAUAACGGAAAUAGCGUUGUAUACCCACAGCUCAAGAAAAACGAAGUUGGUAUAUUUGGGCCAUUAGAAAGCGUUGGGUUGGCUGCAGAAUGCGUUAAAGAUCUAUAUUUGUACGUAUUCAUGAGCAGCCGAGUGUGUUCUGUUGAUCCGGGUACAGUUCCUAUCGAGUAUUUGGAGGAUAUGCUUUGCCGUAAAGACCAAUGGCUUAUUUUGAAUAGUAGGAACUUCAUCUGCUGUGGCUGUGACUUUCGCCUUAUCAAAUCUACUUAUGAGCAAACGUAUGCUGAUGCAGUCGAGCUACAAGGUGAUGAGCUGUCUCUACGUUAUGCGAAGGAACAAAUUGAGGAUAUCAAGCGAAAUUUUGUUACGAUGAAAUUCGAGGUUUCGUCCUCGGUUCGUCACCGCAUAAGCGAAGAAUCAUUUGAGAUCAAGGAAAAACUCACUGACGUCCAGAAAAGGUAUCUAAUAACGUCGCGUGGGGGACCAACUACGUAUGAAAUUGUUUCUCAGGGACAUCGGCGUGAUGUGAUCAAAAUCGCAGAGAAGAUCGAACGCAUUUUGGCAGAAGAAGAGGCUGGAAAUGAAAUUGCUCAAUGA